AUGAGCAACAACCCGUGGCCACAAGGAGGCGCGCCAGGGGACUGGGCUCCCGGUCCUCCCGUCGCGUACCAUAUGCGGCCAAACGGGUUGGGGCGGAGCACGUUGACAUCCUCGCCGCCCCUUCAGCAGCAGCGGUUUGCCGAGAUGGCGAGGUAUCACCCCAAUGCACAGUACGCGCAGGCGCGUUACCAGCCCGAAACGCGCGCGUACACGGCGCACUCGCGCACGGGAUCGAGCCCCGCGGCGUCUGCCGAGUUUUCCGAUUCGCGCGCCGCAGCGUCGCGCAGUGCGCAUCCUCCUGUGGCCUCGCCGCCGGUGCGCCCCCGCGCCGCGCAGAAUGUCUCGCCGCCAGUGGCGCAUAGCAUGCUGCAUGCGAUCCCUGCGCCCAAGUACAUGCACGCCCCACCGUACUCUGUGCCGCCGCCCGCAGCACAUUCUGUACAUGCUACCGAACUCGUUCCUGCGCCCAUCAUGGACCGCGUCCUGAUUCAAGCGACGCUCGACAAUGAGCACUUUGCCGUGGUCAACGUCACCGGCCUUGAAUCCGCGCCGCGGAUCAAGCAGUGUAUUUUGGAAAAGCUCGGGUUUUUCCACACCGAGUUGGCGCGCUGGCAGCUCUUCCGCACCGAGAUUGGUCUCACCAACAUGCACAACACGCCGCCGAUCGAUGACGAUACCCUUCUUGCUCUCUGCCUGCAGCUCGGCGACAAUAAAGGCACUGUAAAGUUUCUCGUGCAAGAGGCAGCCGCGGCGCUGCCAGCCUAUGCGGUAGAUGCGCGCGCGCGCAUUCCAUCCACCUCGCCCGAGCCUGUGCGCGCACCAGAGCUGCAUCCAGUCACGCCGCGGCACGCGCGCGGUGCGGCAAACCGGAUGAGUAUCCCGUCGCCGGGCAGUGAUCAUGCGCUGGGGACCUACGCUGGAUGGCAGCCGCUCCUCUCCACGCCAGCAUCCAAUGCUCAGCCAAGCCUGGCGCCGCCAACAAGCUCGCCAGAGUAUGCAGACCGACGCGCAAGCAUGGAACUGAAGCAGCACGGCGCGCCGCCGUCCUUGCAGCCGUCGCACCCUGCCGCGCUGCAGACGAUGCCGCUGACGCCCGUGCACGGCACCGACACGUUCCUCCAUUCGCUCGCCGCGCCCAACACGACGUCGCCGAUGGUGGAGCAAGCGUCUUUGCCGAUGCAGCUGUCUGUAAGCCAGCAGAUGCCCGUGCGGCCAGACAAGAUAUGGCCGAAGUCGAGCACUGUCGCGCGCGACGGCAGCCAUUCCACUCCGAUACCCACCAGCGCGCCGUCGUGCGAAGAGACAACCGUGUACCCCCUCUUUAAGAGCGCUUCCAACUCCGAGGAGCGCACCGGCCGCAUUCUGCCCCCAGCGCCAGCGCCAACCGAGUCGUCUCAAUCUCCGAGUAGCCACCGCUCUUCCGGGGUCUUCGACGCCCCUAUGGAGCGCAGUCGUGCUCUGUGGAACGACCCUGUGUCUGCCAUGAGCACCUAUAGCGCCGCGACGACGCUCUCGGAGGAAAAUAGCCGCGAAGAUACGCGCCUCGCGCGUGUGCGGCACAUGAUGGAUCAGGCGCGGCUACUGGACCAGCACAACGACUGCGCUUCCUUUGCCUCGUUUUCCGAGGAUACGCUUGGCGGCACGUUUGCGCAGCCUCUCGAUUCGCACACGCUCGUUCCCGGCAGCGAUACGUACCGUGCCGAGCGUACCAUCAUGCCGAGCCAAGGCACCCUAACGCCGACGCACGGCGCGCGUCCCGUGCUCACCAUCUCGAUUAACAAACCCAACGCACAGACCGACCCCACGUCUCAGCGCUCCUCCUCGGGGAUCGACCGCCGCGGAUCGUUUGCGAACCACGAUGCGAACUGGGCGUUUCGUCCCCCAGCCGAGCAGCUCUACGAGCAGCUCGACGAUUUGUUUCCGCGCCACGACCUGGACAAGCCGCUCUCCGACGCCGCGUCGCCCGUCUCGAACUGGAAGCACUCGAGCGCGAGCAGCAAUGCGAGCAGCAGCAGCAGCAAUGCCUCCGCCACGUCCACCUCGGCGCCUGCCAAAGGCCGCGGCCUGGCCCGUGGACCGCACCACUCGAUCCGUGUCAUUGCACAAAAUAGAAAGCGCUUUUUGGACAGUACGCGGCACGCAGAGCGCCGCGAGGCGAAGCGCGAUCAGGCCGUGCUUGAUCGGCGGCGCAGCACCAAGCUGUGGGGCGGCCAGAUGGUCGAGAUGAAGACCAACGAGGCGGAUUCGGUGGGCGUGGUUCCGGAUGCGACCAUCGGUCCCGAGCUGGAGCCCAACACGCGCCCCGUAUUCAAGUGGGUCAAGGGCGACUUGAUUGGAAAAGGCACCUACGGACGUGUUUAUCUUGCAUUGAAUGCCACUACCGGCGAGAUGAUUGCCGUGAAACAAGUCGAGCUGCCGCGCACGCGCGCAGACCGCGAUUCGAACCGGCAGCGCGACGUAGUCGCCGCACUGAAAUCGGAGAUUGCGACGCUCAAGGACCUCGAUCACCCCAAUGUAGUUACCUGCCUGGGCUUUGAGGAGACGCGCGAUACGCUGAGCAUCUUUCUCGAGUACGUGCCUGGCGGCUCGAUCGGUUCCUGCCUGCGCAAGCACGGCAAGUUUGACGAAGACUCCACGAGCUCCUUUUUGAACCAGACGCUGCAAGGCCUCGCCUACCUGCACAAGCAAGGCAUCCUCCACCGCGACCUCAAGGCCGACAACCUUCUGGUCGACUACCACGGCACGUGCAAAAUCAGUGAUUUUGGCACCGUGCGACGCAGCGAAGACAUUUACAGCAACGUCGAAAACAUGUCGUUGCAGGGCAGCAUUUUCUGGAUGGCACCCGAGGUAAUGAGCCUAUCGCCCAAAGGAUACAGCGCAAAGGUGGAUAUAUGGAGUCUUGGGUGUGUGGUGCUGGAGAUGCUCGCAGGGCGCCGCCCGUGGUCCGACGAAGAAGCGGUCCAGGCCAUGUUUAAAAUCGGCGCCGAGCGCCGCGCGCCGCCCAUCCCCUCCGACUGCAAGCUCAGCAAGCCCGCCGCGCACUUUUUGCGCAACUGCUUCGAGAUCGAUCCGUACAAGCGGCCUACCGCCGCGCGGCUCCUCGAGCACGUAUUCGCCUGGCCCUCGCCCGAAUACCGCUUUGAGCACACGCCGCUGGGGCGCGCGCUCGCCCAGUAG